AUGCUGAAUUCAACACAGGUUUCAUAUUUCACUCUUGCUGCUUACUUUGAUACCAAACAGUUUAAAUAUGUAUUUUUCAUGUUUGUUCUGUCUCUGUAUGUUCUGAUUAUCAGCUGUAACGUCCUGCUGAUCGUGGUGAUCUGUGUGAACCGGACCUUACAUGAACCCAUGUUCCUGUUCCUCUGCAGCCUGUUUGUGAACGAACUGUACGGCAGUUGUUGUUUGUUUCCCUUACUGCUGGUUCAGAUCCUCUCUGAUGUUCACAUCAUUUCUGCUCCUCUCUGCUUCCUGCAGAUCUUUUGUCUUUACACAUAUGUAAGCAUAGAGUUUUUGAAUCUAGCCGUGAUGUCUUAUGACCGAUACCUGGCCAUCUGUCAUCCUCUGAACUAUCAUUCUUUGAUGACCUUGAAGAAAGUUACAGUUUUUAUUACAGCAGCCUGGAUAACUGCCUACCUGGUAGUUUCUUGUACAACAUCUUUGAGCUUCUCUCUGCAGCUCUGUGGAAACGUCAUUAACAAAAUGUACUGUGACAACUACUCUAUAGUGAAACUGGCCUGCUCUGAUAUUACAGUCAAUAACAUUUAUGGCCUUUUUAUCGCUGCUCUCUGUGUUUUUGGUCCAGUAGGGAUAAUUCUCUACACAUACAUGAGGAUCCUGAAGGUUUGUUUUUCUGGAUCCAAACAGACCCGGCAGAAAGCGGUCAGCACCUGCACUCCUCACCUGGCCUCUCUCAUUAACUUCUCCUUUGGUAUUUGCUUUGAGGUGUUGCAGAGCAGGUUUAACAUGAGCACAGUUCCUAAUGUUAUCGCAGUAUUAUUGUCAUUAUACUAUGUAACAUGUCAGCCAUUGUUCAGUCCUGUGAUGUACGGGCUGAAACUGUCUAAAAUACGCAGCAUGUGGAAACGUUUGUUUUGGAAAUAA